AUGGCUCCAUACGAGUUCCACGAGCUGCGGCGCACCAAGUACGCGAGGCUCGAUGCCCCCGGCGACGACGAUGUCGAGACCCCAACGCGCUUCUCCUCCGAGUCUAAUGGAACCCUCGAGGAUCUCGAAGAGGACGAUCCCCUCGCAUUCGAUAGCAGGCUGAAGCGCAAGAAGAGCGCCGGCGACCUCAAAGUCCGCAAGGCCUCGUACCGAGACACCGAGGCUGUGACGCCCUUUCCUACCCACCAACGGAAAUCCAGAUGCGCACUGGGCCGCUGUUGCUGCUGGCUGCUGGUCUUUAUUGCAGCAACUGUCCUGAUUCUGGCGUCUGGUGGCAUAUGGGCGUACAAGGUAUCGGUGUCCGAAAAUGGCCUGAGUCAGCCGUGGUAUCCCUCGCCCAAGGGUGGAACGGACAAGGCCUGGGAGGAGAGCUACAAGAAGGCUGCCGAGCUGGUAAAACAGAUGACGCUGCCUGAAAAGGUCAACAUCACGACUGGUACGGGAUGGAGCAUGGACCUUUGCGUGGGCCAAACUGGGCGCGUGGACAGGCUGAAGUUUCCCAGUCUGUGUCUUCAGGAUGGUCCGUUGGGUAUUCGAUUCGCCGACAACAUUACCGGCUUCCCUGCUGGAAUCACUACUGGCGCGACAUGGAGCAAGGAGCUGUUUUAUUUGCGAGGCAAGGCACACGGCAAAGAGGCACGGUUAAAAGGUGUUAAUGUACUACUCGGCCCUGCUAUGGGACCUCUCGGCCGGAUGCCCGCGGGCGGACGUGUCUGGGAAGGCUUUGGCUCAGACCCUGUACUCCAGGGCAUCGCUGCCGCCGAGACGAUCAAGGGCAUUCAAGACGAGGGCGUCAUGGCCACUGCAAAGCAUUACGUUGGCAAUGAGCAAGAACACUUUAGACAAGCAUGGGAGUGGGGUCUACCGAAUGCCAUCUCGAGCAAUAUCGAUGACCGCACGCUCCAUGAGAUCUAUGUGUGGCCAUUCGCCGAUUCUGUCAAGGCUGGUGUGACGUCGGUCAUGUGUUCAUACAACCAGGUAAACUCCAGCUAUGCCUGCCAAAAUUCCAAGUUGCUCAACGGCGUCUUGAAAGACGAGCUAGGCUUUCAAGGUUUCGUUCAGAGCGAUUGGCUGGCACAGCGUUCUGGCGUGGCGAGCGCUCUGGCAGGUUUGGACAUGACGAUGCCAGGAGAUGGCCUCAGAUGGGCCAAGGGCAACAGUCUGUGGGGCCCGGAGCUGACUAGAGCAGUCCUUAAUGGUAGCAUACCCAUUGAACGCGUCGACGAUAUGGUCACCCGUAUUGUUGCCUCCUGGUACCAGGUCGGCCAGGACAAGUGGAAGAACGAUGGACCAAACUUCUCCUCCUGGACAAAUGACCGCAUCGGAAAGCUGCACGAAGGGAGCCCUUCGAAUCACGAUACGGGUGUGGUCAACCAGUACGUCAACGCUCAGGGAGAAGGAAAAGAAGCCCAUGGACACUUGGUGCGUCGUAUUGCGGCCGAAGGCACAGUCUUGGUGAAGAAUGAAGGCAAGAUGCUACCGCUCAAUCGCAAAGGCUGGAAGACGGACGGCAGCAAGACAAAGUUCCGUGUCGGUAUUUUUGGCGAAGAUGCACGUCUCCCUCACGAGGGUAUCAAUCACUGCCCGGACCAAAGCUGUAACGAGGGAACUCUGGCUUCCGGUUGGGGCUCCGGUGCGGUUAACUUCUCGUAUCUGGUCGACCCCAUGUCCGCAAUCAGAAAGGCUUUCAACAAUGAGACUGUGUAUGUCACGGACUGGUUGGAGAACACGCUGCCCAAAGAAAAGGAGAUACUCGAAAACCAAGACCUUUGCAUCGUCUUCGCCAACGCCGAUUCGGGUGAAGGCUACCAGCAUUACGAAAGCAUUCGGGGCGACCGAAAUGAUCUCAAGCUGCAAAAGGGCGGUGACAAACUCAUCCAGGAUGUUGCAAAGGGCUGUGGAGAAGGCAUGGGCGACGUGGUUGUCGUUAUCCACACAGUCGGCUCUGUCAUUGUAGAGGACUUUGUCGACCUGAUGAAUGUCAAGGCAGUACUCAUUGCCAACCUUCCUGGUACAGAGUCCGGUAACGCCCUUGUAGAUGUCCUCUUUGGCGACGUCAAUCCUUCUGGUCGUCUACCCUACACCAUUGCUAAGAACGAGGAUGACUUUGGUCCAGGCAGCAAGGUCAAGUACCUUCCUAGCCCAUCUGACGGACUCGCCCCUCAGCAGGACUUCUCAGAAGGUCUGUACAUCGACUACCGCUAUUUUGACAAGAAAAACAUCACGCCACGAUACGAGUUUGGCUACGGCCUGUCGUACACCGAGUUUACAUUGUCUUCGCUCCUGAUCCAAGAGAAGAGCCCCAAAACGCCUCUGCCCAAGCCUCGCCCAGACGGCCUAACACCGCCAUCCUACCCUACCGAUCUCCCUAGUCCCGAAUCAGUCCUGUUUCCAGACGGAUUCAAACAGGUAGAGCGAUACAUUUACCCCUGGCUCGACUCGGUCAAAGGCAUCAAGAAAUCCGCGCCUGCAACGCCCCAACCGCCAUCUCCACUCAGCGACGCAGGCGGCGGUCCAGGCGGCAAUCCCGAUCUCUACACCGUCCUCCUGACCGUCUCUGCCUCUCUCGAAAACACAGGCCCGCUCGACGGCGCCACCGUCGUCCAGCUCUACAUCUCGCUCCCGCAAAACUACAAGGACCACGAGACGGGCGAGCCUGUCGACUUCCCCGUUCGCGUCCUCCGCGGCUUUGAAAAGAUCCAUCUCGAACACGGCAAGGGGAAGCUCGUCCAGUUCGACGUCACGAGAAGGGAUCUGAGCUAUUGGGAUGUUAAGAGGCAGAAUUGGGUGCUGCCAUCUACUGGCGAUAUCGGCAUUGCGGUGGGCUUUUCAAGUAGGGAUUUGACGCUGCAGGGGAAGUGGUGA